AUGAAGCUCUUGCUGCCCCUGCUCACGGUCUCCUCGUCUCUCGUUGCUGCGUGGCUCUAUCACUACCAUAAACAGCGUCUCUUACGUCAGAAGUACCUACGUGGACUCGUUCAUCCUCAGCAGUAUCGUGGUCUCCCGGUGGUGAUUGCCCUAGACAUUGGGAGCUCCUCGAUUCGUGCCAGCUGUUUUGCACUUGUAUCCAAAGGUCAAUGGGUCCUCCUUGAUGGGUCAAUGCAACAGCAGCACAAUCUCUCAAUUGACGUCCAUGGAGAAGCCAAUUGUGCGAAGAUUGAAGUGAUUGUGGAGCACGUCCUGGACCAGACAAUGACAUUCCUCCGGGCUGUGGACCUCACGCAAGAGCUCGUGGGCGUGGGUUUCAGCACCUUUUCCAUGAACUUGCUGGGUGUUGACUCAAGUGGAAACGCAGUCACACCCGUGUACACGUAUGCUGGGCGGAGACAGACAACGGCCGAGUGGGCGAAGAGACUGCAGGAGCGACUCGCAGCUUGUGGGCAAUUGGACGAGAUGCACAAUCGCACAGGAACGGUCGUUCACCCGGCAUACGCACCCGCCACGUUCUUACGUCUUCACGAGGAAGAGCAAGCUGUGGUAGAACGGGUUGCCAAGUGGCAGAGUCUUCCUGGCUAUCUGAUCGGUAAGUGGACAAUGGCAGCGCAGGGUGAAGGCGUACCUAUCAGCUUUUCGGAGGCCUCGUGGAUGGGACUACUUGACUUCAGACGCGAGCAGUGGGACGCACGAAUACUUGAGCUCGUUGAUAUGGAUAUGAGCAAGAUGCCGCCAGUUGCAGACUCCUCGGUGCCGUUUAGUGGACUUAACGCGACAUUCUCGAGACGAUGGCCCGAGCUGAAGAAUGUGCCGUUCUUCCUGGGUGUAGCGGAUGGUGCUGCAGCUAACGUCGGGUCCAAGUGCAUCGACGCAUCGAGGAUCGCUGUGACCAUCGGCACUAGCGCUGCGCUUCGCGUCAUGCUAGAUGCAGAUGUGAUGAAGACAGCCAAAGUGCCAAAGGGUUUGUGGUGCUACCGAAUUGGUCAAGACCGAGUUCUUCUCGGCGGAGCACUCAGCGAUGGUGGAUCGGUCUACAAGUUCUUUCGCGAGUCGCUUCGUUUAAGCAACGAGAACCUGUCGUCUCAGCUGGAAAAGCUUGUUCCGACGAAGCACGGUCUGGUUGUGUUACCGUUUUUGAGGGGUGAGCGUGCUCCUGGCUGGUGUGAAAGUGCGACUUGUACCAUCAGCGGCAUCAGCAAGUGGACGACACCCAUCGAACUUCUACGUGCGGGCAUGGAAUCGAUUGCUCUUCGUCUUGGUGUGCUGUUUUCGCUCCUUGCAUCUUUUGCCGACGUGGAUGCGACGGUCGUCGUAAGCGGGACUGCGCUCACCUCGUCGCGGGUUUGGCGACAAAUGAUUUCUGACUGUCUGGGGAAGAAGUUGAUCCUCGAAGCAAGUACGACCGAAACAACUUCGCGUGGUCUAGCGAUGCUGAUCGGCACCUACUUGGGUCUCCAUUCCCUUGAAGAGUCUGCAUCGUUUCAAAAACCAAGUACACAGCUGGAAUACGCGCACCCUGAUGCAGCAGCACAUGCAAUGUACCUCAAGGCACGCCACGAGCAGGAAUGUCUAUACCGGAAGGUGUACUCGGAGUAG